UACGGCAAGCCGAGUGCGCCGUAAUGGAAGGCAGGCGCUUUGCUCAAUCGGCGCGCAGAUUCUCCCAACGCGCCCUCGGCCUGUUUGUCUCAGUUUAACAGGCAGGCUGAGCAAGAGAAGGAUUUACGCUGAGCCAGUCUGGCGGAGGAGGGGGAGCAACACCAACCAAACAGCCCAAACAACGGAAAAGAGGGGGGUUGGAAAGGAAGGAAACUGGAUAGGUGAAUGACACAGAGCAUCGCCACCAGACUAAGCUAUAAUUGGCGAGGCMAUAUUCUGUAUUUUCAGAUUUUUAUAUCUUAUUUUGUAACUUCUUGUAGCAGCAAAUCUCACUCUCAUUUUACUGCUGAACAAUCCCAGCUGUCCAAUGAAUGGAGUUGCUUUCUGCCUUGUUGGAAUCCCACCCUUCCCAGAGAACGAAGCAAAGGGGUGGAGAGAUGGKCUCUCCUCGGCCGGUGACAACCCUCGGCCUGCGAUGGGGGCGGGAGGAGAGGGGGUCGGCGUUGGCUGGCAGGGUCCCCGGACGCUACUACUCCAGAAGAACUCACAGGGCUUCGGCUUCACGCUGCGACACUUUAUCGUCUACCCACCAGAGUCUGCCCUGCACACUARCCUCAAGGACGAGGAGAACGGGAAUGGAAAGGGGAGAAGUAAGUUGGAGCCAAUGGUUCAAUACUGCAGACAUUUUUUGAGAAUAGCCUGGAGCAAUGAGUGUCCAGAACACGUCCACUGA